GAGGCUGUUAAUGACUUCAUUAACACGUCUCGUCUGCAGGUGAGUCUGCUUAGUAUCAUCUAGUGCAGGUUGUCUUGUAUGAGGAAAAUAGGAUUUAAACACUGGCUCAUAAAAAAUUGGAAGUAAUUUACAAGAAUAAUUAUUUAAAUGCAGUUUAAAAUAUGGGGAAAGUAAACACUAAACUCAGGAGAGAAGGAUUUCCAACCAUGUGGUUUCAGACCUGAUUCAGUAAUGUGAUCUGAACACACACCCAAAGAAGGUGUGAGAUGCGUCCUUAUGGCCUAAGACGAAGUAUUCGAUGUCCUAAGAAAUAUGGGGAUGCUAUUAAGGAGAGGACAUCUGUGUUGGCGCCAAGUCAUGAUCUGGACUUUGUGCAUGAGCAGAGUGAAACGCAGCCUCAGAAACCCCUGGACGACAGGUAUAUAAGGAACGCUGCUGUUAUUCCAGAUCUCAAACUGCCCCCUGAUGAAGGAGCCCUCUCCCCUGAAGAGAGGCCCCCUACAAGUGUUUCAUCCACUCUGCCGGGCUCUGCGAUGAUCCACGGCUUCACGGUACCGGAGUACCAGCAGACAUAUCACUCAGUGGUGGAUCCCCUUCUCUUCAGACCCUGCGGGAAGCUCUCAGCCUACAGUCUGGAACUGGGGCGUAAUAUUAAGGAGCAGCUGUUCAAGGAGCUGGCCUACCCGACGCUUCAGAUAUCAGAACAGCCAAAUGAAAGGGUGGAGGUGAUGGAGAGGUUUUGUGUGCUCCGUCCUACACCUUUCAUAGACAUUGACAGUUAAGGAGUAAAAGAGUAAUAUUCUUCCACAGACUUUCUAUGACAGAGGCUAGUUUUCUUUCGAGUCUCUUGGUACUUUGUUUUGUUAAUUGUCCUUUUUUGUUUCACUUGUAAUGUAAUGUGGUAGACAGAUUCACAUUUCAAAUGUUUUUUUUAACAAUUAUGUUAAAGAAAAAGUUCUGAAAGUUAAGUUUUUUCUUACGAACUGUUCAACACAGUCAAAUUAUGCUAAACCUCUGAAAUCAAAAUCUGUGAAUGCUGGACUGCUAAAUUGGGUUUACAUCUGUUGAGUCGACUGAGCUCAAUCCGACAAAUUCCUUGUUUGCAAGCAUCAACAGCUGACAUGGCAGUGUUCAAAGUUCAUGUUGUUACAUAAUGGGCAGAGCCGUUUCCUAUACUUCCCAUCAGCUAUUGUCACAAAAAUCUGUCAAUCAUAGUCAGACUAAUUCAUAGCAUAAUGUAUCUAGUUAAAUAAACCAGUUGAUGUUCUUGAGCAUGUGGGGGCAUGUGUAUAUCUGAGGCACAAAUACAAAACUGAAUUUAUUUGUGUUAUUGAAACAUAUCUGAUGUAAACAAAUCAUCAGGAAACAGUUACUGUUGUUUAGUGUUAUUUUACUUUGUUUUGUUAAACCUGUUAAUGAAUGAGCUACAGGUUCCAGGCUUGUGUUUCCAUUGUGUAGUUGGUGGAAACCUUUGUUUACACUUGGCUCAUAGAUUGUAAAUAAUUAAAACACUGCCUCUCUAA